AAUCAGCAGGUGGCGCUCGUGCGACACGGAAACUGAUUCACAUUGAUUUACUUCAUACAGGAAGAGGAGGAAUAGUACAAGAUCGGUUGGCAAUAAACAGCACGGAAGCUUUACUUUGGUACAGAAUUAGUCAAAAUCGUGAAACUACACAAUUAGUUCAAGGCUCCCUGUGUUUGAGCAAAGUAUUUAUUUUGUUUAUUGUAACAGCGAUUAAAUUCCGUGACGUCACAUUUUGGGCAGCUCCAUAUCUGAAUGGACUGUAACGUUACUGUAUGUAGUGUUGAAAAACUUGAAAUAAUCACAACAAGGCUCAGCAAACGUGUAUCAUCUGGAGUAAAAUAUGCCCUUGUUUCGGCAAAUCGAGCCCACGCUGGACAGAGAACGGCAGAGGAAGAAAAAGCGCAGGAAUGAAUGGACUCAGGAUGGGGACAACGACAACCCUUCCACACUGGUUGGACUUUGUCUCCAAAGCCUAGCUGAGAACAUGAAGGAGAUGUGGGUUAAAGAUUAUGCCCAAAAAUACAUGGAUCAAUAUUUCUUCAGACACGUCAUGGGUCCCUUCAGUUUACUACCGGCUGAGUUGCUGGAUGAGCUUUUGUGUAUCUUGUCCUCGAGGAAUCUGUUGACACGUGCCGCCCUCCAUCUCCUCCUCCUACCUCAGCUGACCUGUCUUUCUCUCGCAUCGGCAUGCAGCCUUGUCAAUGCCAACCUUUGCUCUCUUAUCCAGAUACGAUGCCAGAAUCUUCAGUCUCUGGAUCUCAGUGGUGCACAAAAUGUAUCAUCCUCAAUGCUUUGUGAGCUGCUGGGCGGCCUACACCGUCUCACCUCCCUCUCCCUGGCUGGAACCCUUUGUGAUCAGAGAGUAAUAUCUGUGGUGGCCCGUCAGUUCCCUAAGCUAAAACAUCUGGAUGUGUCACGAUGCCUGCAUCUCCCCCCUGCAGGCCUGCUUCCCCUGGGCUGCCGAGAAGAACCAAACAAGAUGUUCGAAAAGAUUUUAAGCAGUCUGCUUGCUAUGGAUAUCUGUUUGGCAGACAGUGAGGGCGAUGCGGUGGCUGCUGUUGCAUUCCUCCUGCUUGGCUUACCCAAACUUCAGAGGUUGGCAAUAGAGGGAUUGGGACAGGCUUGUGUUCUCAUACAAAACAGGAACUUUGAGGUGACCGAGGAGUUCACUGGUCGAGAAGGGGUGCUGUGCCUUAAAGACUUAUGGGUUAAGAGGAUACAGGAAGAUUGUUUGAAAGACAGCAGCUUACAGUGCACAGAUGGAGCGGGGAGUUUAACUUUAGAAGAAAAAAUGGACGAAUGGUUGUCAUUAGAGGAAAGUCAGAGCGAUGAGGUAAGACAGAAAGACGGUGAUGACGCUGAGCUAAAUAGAUGUAUGGGAAUUUCAAAAGAAGGUUAUGUAAAAGAUGGAUGUAGAUGCAGAAAUUAUAACGGAAGAGAAACUAUGACAACAUGUCUUAGGGAUGUACAAGGAGUGUCUCUCGAAACCUUGGAUGGAGUAGGAAAAAUCUGCCCGGAUCUGUGUGCCCUGUCAUUGGACUGUCUCCAAGAUAAUGCAGACAGCUUCCAACAAGCAACGGUUUUAGCCAGAGGUCUUGGUAGGUUUUCUGGCCAGCUACGUUGUCUUUCUCUUCAGUUUGGUGGACUAUUGUCUGAUCUAGUCCCAGCUCUUCAAGCUGCAGGCUCUCACCUGCUCUCUCUCACCCUGGAAGGGAUUAAAGCUGAUGGACACACUCCUUUCCUGGAGCUCAUUCGUGCCUGUCCAAGACUCACCUCUCUCACUAUUCAUUUAGACCCACCCAGCACUAACUUGGAGGAAGAUGAUGAGGAAGAGGAGGAAGUUGCAGAAGACAACCUUUUUCCUAAUCUUCCAUGUAUUCCACACCUCCGCUCUUUGACACUAAAUUUUUCCACGGAUGAACAACGGAUGAAGCCUCCACUAUGUUGGAGGUCUCUGAAGGGGGUGCUGUGGGCACUGAUCAGAGGUGCUUCACUCCUUCAGAAGCUCUCACUUAUUGCUGUUCCCUGUCGAUUGGACCCUGUAUUCAAACUUGUACUGAACCAUCCGGCCAAACCUGUUGGUGCAUUAGACAGACCCCCGCUGCACUGCCUUAAAUCUGUUAGCCUGAACCGGUCAGAUAUUACCAUGGACACAGUAGUUCAUAUUGUAAAUACCUGUAUGCGCAUGACUACGUUAGAUUUAAGUGGCUGCUGGGCAAUGACUCUAGCCAAUAUCACAAAGUUACAAAGAAAAGCCAAAAGGAGGCGCCAUACACUGCAAAUAACAUGGACAUGAGGUGGGAUAGACAAAGCAUGCUGAGACUGAAAUGGAGUUGCACUGACACGGCAGUUUACCUAAUUUUAAAGGAGUACGUUGAGUUAUAUUUCUGUUUGUUGUGUGUCUUUACGUGUGACAAAGUCAUUUUUAUUACAUAGAGGCCUUACCAAAGAAGCAUGAUUUUCAUUAAAUUUAUGCACUUAGAGCUAAUGUUAUAUUACAAAUGCAUUUAGUUUAAUUAUAUGCAUAUUUAAUGCACAGUAAAAUGUGUUUAUAUAGCACCUUUCUGUGCUGAUGUCACAAAAUUGCUUAAUAUUUAUGAAUUUGCCAUUACUGUUCAGAAUCAUAUUUGUGUGUUUUUUUGUGUCACCUUUUUAUUAUCUAAUGCUAAAACGUGAAGCUAAACAUCACAGCCAUCUGCUGUUUUUAAUAUUGCCACCUUGAAUGUCACUUGAAAAUAAAUAACUCGUGUAAAACUCUUGUACUCAAUACAAA